AUGCAAAAUGAGGAAGACGAGAAUAUAGUUGUAGUGAGAACCUCGACACCGAUUAUUCCAUCAAGGAUUAGGCCGGAUCAUGAUAUAAAUUUUGUGAAGAAGGUUGCUUUCGGCGUUGGGCACUUUUACAACGAUUUGUGCGCUAGUAUGUGGUUCACAUAUUUAAUGAUAUAUAUGGAAAAAGUUUUAAAAUUUCGAAGCAGCCGAGCUGGAAUGCUGAUGUUGGUCGGUCAGGUGACUGAUGCUAUAUCAACACCGCUCGUUGGUAUAUUCAGCGAUUCAAACAUUCUUCCCGAAUGCUUCGAAAAAAUUGGAAGGCGGCUUUCAUGGCACAUUAUCGGAACUGUUUUUGUAACGCUCUCCUUCCCAUUUAUUUUUAAUAAAUGUAUGGUUUGCACCGGAGAAACGUCAGAAUGGUAUAAAGUGUUGUGGUUCAUUCCGUUCAUAAUGGUGUUUCAAUUCGGAUGGGCUUCUGUUCAGAUCUCUCACCUUGCGCUUAUUCCGGAACUUUCUUCAAUUCCUUCAAGUCGAAGCACUAUGAACUCUUUGAGAUAUGGAUUUAGCGUUAUAGCAAAUCUUGCGGUUUUCUUUGCAUUAGCUUGGCUGCUUUCUGAAUCAACUGGUCAUUCUUCAAUUGGCCCUUGGGACUUUCAACAUUUUAAGUUAACCGGAUGGUUGGUUGUUGGUCUCGGAAUUUUUGUUAGUUCAAUCUUCUACGCCUUUACAAGAGAGCCCACAAAUCAGCGCAGAAUGAGUCGCCUCAACUCGUUUUCAUCUGAAGCAAGUGAGCUGGUCCGUAUGCAUUGGACAAGUUGGUUUGGACACUUGCAGUUCUAUCAAAUCGCGCUUCUUUACAUGCUCUCUCGGCUUUACAUCAACAUUUCACAAGUGUAUUUUCCAUUUUACAUAACACUUACUCAAAAUUUUGACAAAAAGUAUGUCGCGAUUCUUCCAAUGGUUUCCUAUUUGUCAUCAUUCUCGGUGUCAAUUAUUACUAGUCAUCCAUUAAUAAGUAAAAUUUCAAAAAAAAUUUUAUUCAUAUUCGGUCUUGUUGUGGGGAUAUUAGCAUGCAUCUCAAUGCUUUAUGAACUUCCUGGUUGGAAAAUCUACGUGUUGGCUGUUGGAAUUGGAAUAGCGCAGGCGAUUUUACUAAUAACCUCACUGUCGAUUACAGCAGAUCUAAUUAACAAAAACACUGAGAGUGGUGCUUUUGUAUAUGGCGCAAUGAGCUUCAUGGAUAAACUGGCUAAUGGAAUAGCAUACCAGUUAAUUGAAAUUUGGAAUCCAACAUGCGACGCUUUAAAACCGCAUCUUGCUUGCACUCGUUUCUAUAGAAAAGUGAUGGUAUUUGUGCCGGGCGCAUGUUUAAUCUUGGCCCUAUUAAUAAUGCUGUCAUUGAUUCCUUUCACAAUUGGGCAUAGAUCGAGGAGAAGAAUUCAAGACGACGAACAAGCAAUUCUUGAGGAUGACGAAGAUUAUGCCUAA